AUGGCUAGCAAUAACACAGAAGAGCCAAAGGUGGAUGGCAAGUUGCUCGACGACUUUUUCGACAGUAUCGGAAACAAAGCCGAAAAACUUAGCAAUGACACGGCUGUCGCAAAUGGCGUUGACUCAACGCAACCGCAGGAGGACCAGAGAAUCGUCGACGAGAUUGAGAGUCUGUGUAUGAAUUGUCGCGAGAAUGUAGGUCUCCCGCAAUCCUGAGUCGUUCUGCAUUUCUGACGUCUAUGCAAUAGGGCAUUACCAGACUCCUCCUAACCAGAAUUCCCUUCUUCCGCGAAAUCAUAAUCAUGUCCUUCUACUGCCCGCACUGCAACUUCAAAAACUCGCAGAUCCAAUCGGCGGGUGAGAUCCAACAGAAAGGCUCGCGCUUUGAACUCCGUCUCACGGCGCCCGAGGACUUUGCGCGGUCCAUCGUUAAAUCUGAUACCUGUGUCGCGAAAUUUAUCGAGCUUGAUAUCGAGGUCCCAGCCGGGCGGGGACAGAUGACGAAUGUGGAGGGAUUAUUAUCAAUGAUUAUGGAGGAUUUGGAGAUGCAGCAGCCGCAGAGGAAGGAGCAGGUUCCUGAGGUAUGGGCGAAGAUUGAGGAGAUCCUUGCGAAGGGACGGAAGAUGAUUCAAGGGGAAAGCUUCCCGUUCAGAGUCAGUCUUGACGAUCCGGCAGGAAACUCGUGGAUUGAGCCGGAUCAGAAGGAUGGAGUUGGGAAGUGGAAUAAGGUCGAGUAUGCGAGGACACCGGAACAGAACGAGGAACUGGGUCUUGGUGGAAACGAGGAAGAGGAGAGCAAGGAUGAGACUGAGACCAAACCACAUGUUGUUGGACAACCAUCAUUAGCCAACUUCGAAGACGACGAUGUGGUUGUGAACGAGGUCUAUUCUUUCCCCGCUGCAUGUCCGGGUUGCGCGCACCACUGCGUUACUCAUAUGAAGAUGGUUGAAAUCCCCCAUUUCAAACAAGUAAUCAUCAUGAGCACCGUUUGCGAACUCUGCGGCUACCGCUCAAACGAAGUCAAAACCGGUGGUGCAAUUCCCGAAAAAGGCAAGAAGAUCACGCUCAAAGUCGAAAACUCCACCGACCUAGCAAGAGAUAUCCUCAAAUCGGAAUCCUGCGCCCUCGAAUGUCCAGAACUGUCUCUCUCCGUCAACCCCGGUACCUUAGGAGGAAGAUUCACGACCGUCGAAGGUCUCCUGACAAAUAUCCGCGACGAUCUCAAGGCACAGAUUUUUGAUGUGGGUGAUGAUUCAGGUGCUGGUGGUGACUCUUUACCAUCCGAGACGAAAGCCAACUGGAAGAAAUUCUUUGACGGCAUUGACGAGGCGAUCAGGGGAGAGCGGAAAUUUACUGUUAUCCUGCAGGAUCCGCUCGCGGGAAGCUAUGUUCAGAAUUUGUUUCUUCCUGAGAAGGAUCCGCAGAUUGAGGAGGUGGAGUAUGAUAGGACGGAGGAGGAGAAGGAAGAUCUGGGGCUGCUGGAUAUGGUGACGGAGGGGUAUGAAGAGGCAGAGAAGAAGAAGGUGGAAGAUGAGAAGGCCGGAGUGAUAGAGGGGGAAAAGGUAGAGGUUAGUAAUGGUUAACAAACAUAAGGUGGUACAAUAGAAAAAGUUAUAUCCCCCUG